GAGCACUAUGAUUACUGCUUUUAAUACACGUCCGCGGGGAGUACUUUAUCUCCAUCGCCAGCCCUAUAUAGACAUGGAAGAAUCGUUUUUAUCUUUACCGCUGUUAUCCUUACCGCCGCAGACCUAUACACGCAGUUGAUUUCCUCAUCAAGGAGCCGGAUCUCCUAACGCUGACUUCAAUCUCUUACUCUCCUUUGAACCUUGCGCGCGUUUAGAAGCCUCGGAUCUCCCCAGUCUUCCUCUCUCACUGUUACUCCCUUUCUCUCCUAUCCUAGCCCUGUUUCUUGGGCUAGCAUAUUGCUUCAUACAAUUCGUCUUCUCCAAUUGGCUAUUUCAUAUUUUCACUUUUCACUUCUCGUCAUUGCCAUAUUCUCAAGAUGGCAAUGAGUUUCUCUUCAGAUAUCACGUUAGCAGGGCCAUCUCCACUGUCUUUUAGGAAGACACGUGCGUGUAGGCAGAAGUCAAAGACAGGGUGUACCACUUGCAAGCUGCGAAGGGUCAAAUGUGAUGAGGCCAAACCAUCGUGCAUGCGAUGUAUAAACUUCGGGAGGAAAUGUGAUGGCUACGAGUACAGCCCUAAGGAUAAGCCGGCCUGGCUGAUGGGCCCAACUAUAUCUACUGGCAUAUCUCAAGAAGUCAUAGAAUCCCCGCCGUUUUCGAUACCACCCAGUAUCUCCGUGCUGAACUUUGGUAAUGAACAAGAGGCUCAAUAUUUUGAUUUCUUCUGUAAAGAGACCGUAUUUGAGCUCGCCGGAGGGUUUAAAAAGAAACUGUUUAAUGUCAUCAUCCUCCAAUCUUGUCAUACCGAUACGUCUGUCCGGCAUGCUGCCACCGCGAUCGCUGCUUUGAGCAAAGCAAUGAAAGUCUCGAAAUGCAUAAACCCGAAAGAAGGUGAAGCUGGUUUCAAAAGGAUUUCCGAUCAGGUAGAAAUGCACCGUCGAUACGCUCUAAAGCAGUAUGGAAGAUCCAUUCGGUAUCUUCGUAACCUUAUUCAAACGAGUCAGAAUUCUCUUCGCAUACCUUUGCUUGUGUCUCUCAUUAUAUUUUGCUUUGAGAAUUUUCAUGGCAACACUCAGUUGGCCGACAAGCACAUUUACAGUGCACUUAAGAUGAUGCACCAUCAUGAAGCAAUUUCGAGUCAUCCUCACCACAAUCCGUUAUUGAGCUCUCCUGCGCCAGAUUUAGUAGAAAAUGAGAUUGUUACCGCGUAUCUCCACCUUGCUCUGGCGAUUGUGACACGACCAGAUGAUCCAGAUUCAUUGAGCGACAAGGUCCUUGAUCUUAUAUCAACCGACAUGCCCAAACCGGACAUUCCUCGACAACUUGACAAUCUUGCAGAAGCCGAAGUUCAUUUAGAACAUGUGCUAUACCAUUCUCUCCCGAAGAUACCAAGGGCAGACCUACAAAGGCGCUUGGCAUCGCCAGAUCUUUCUCCUCAAGGUUUGGCAAUCAGUUUCUCAAGACUUCAAAAGCUUCAUCCAGAAGCAUCAUCUCCUAUCCUUACAGGGUUCGAGUUUCCCAAGUUCAGCUCUAGCUUUCAAGAUUGGCAAAGAGCAUUUCAGCCAAUCAUUUCUUAUGCACAAUCUCCUUCGGGCAAAGCAGAUUAUAUUGCUGCAACCACUCUUCAGAUUAAGGCGCUCGGGAUAGGACUCAUGGGUCAAGGAGUUUUCCUUGAUUACCGGAUUUCCGAUCACUUCCUUCCUAUCUUCCGUCAAAUAAUCUCUCUCAGUCAAAAGCUUGUUUCCGAUCCUCGAUUCUUGAAGACAUUCGUCUUUGAUGCGGGGAUUAUUCCUUCUCUUUUCGUUGUGAUAUACGCGUGUCCUGAUCAGAAGAUAAGGAGAGAUGCGGUCACUAUCUUGAGGGAAGCAGGCCCUAGACGUGAAGGCACUUGGGAUGCUCUAAAAAUUGCUAGUAUUGGACAAAUGCUGUUAGAUUCCGAGGAAAUAGGGCCAAUUAAGACGAAAUCGACCUUUUUGCCAUUGAAUGAUAUAAAUUUGAUGUCGCCAACAGUAUACGAGGAAAUUCAAACACCCAUACUUCAAUCUCCACGGCCAAGACGAAGGUCUCUUCUUGUUUCACCACCUCUGUGGGAGCGUGGUUCAGAGCGAGGUUUUGUUAUGAAUUCGUCUUAAGUUCACUCGAAGCCUAGCCUAAAGGUCUUUGACAUUAUGUUAGGACUCAACGCGGAGUUACAAGUCUGUGAUAUGGACCGCUUUUCUUUCAAUGGUGUUUGACUUUUGUCUUCGACGCAUCGAUACUUUUUUGCAUUAUAUUCUUGUGGUGUUCCUUCUCAAAGCGAUCUGAUUGAUAGAGAAAGCUAACAUAGUUCCGAUGAUUUUGUGUUGUUGUUUCAAGAUAUCGGAAACCACCACUCAAUCAGCCACUACGCAGUAUAACUCACUGUCCUCAUUCUGAUGUUCUAUUUUUCUUUAUUCUACUCAUUACCCCUUCUUAUUCUUAUCUACCGAAUUUCUAUUUAUCUAUCUAUCUUCUUUUUCUCCCACUUCUUUUUUUCCCUCGGGUUCUCACAAUAAAUGAUGACAUUUUUUUCUUCUUCUUUUUUCGACAUUCUCGUGUUCAUAUGUUCAUUCUCCAUUUGAUGAUAUUUCUUUCUAUCCUUAUACCAUAUUUAGUUUUCUCUUUUAUAUCUUACACGACAUACAACUUGGGGAAGAAUGGAUUGUGGGGCUUUGGGGUAUGGAGUUAGGAUAAAAGUAUUGGAUUUACUACUGCGCGUUUCUAGUUUUUAUGGAGAGGCAACGAGUUGGAGAUAUAUGGUGUUCGAGGUGUUUAUAAAUUGGAUGGUUUGGUGAUUUAAAGUUUUGUUAAUUUCUUUAAUACAGUUUUUUCGACACCUUUUACUAGUAGAUGAAUGAAUGUAGGCGUCUAGACUAUCUAUAUCAUAGUCCAAUCUAUGCCCAUGAAAUUGUGUUUCCACCAUGUUCCCCAUUUACCACUUGAAAUAAACUAAUAUUGAGUCUUAAUCAAGCUGCCAAACAAACA